GUGUUGUCUCCUUGGAAAUCAAAAAUGAAAUUAAAAUAAAAGAAUAUAGAAUAAGGAAUAAAGAAUUUAUAAUUUUCAAAUGUACAUUACGAUGAGCAUGAUAUGCAGUAAAGGGGACCGUUUCUCUAUUUAAAUGAAAUUCUACGGAAGAGAUUUAUCGCGGACGGACGGGUGUUCGUCUUAACUAGUUCCGGGUAUCAACAACCUGGUGGCUAACUUUAGCUGAAACGCAAUCUCCACUCCUCAAUCUACUACAGAGUGGGUAAACAGAAAUUCGGCAACAGGAUGGACGGCGAAGAGAGAACCUACGGCGGCUGUGAAGGGCCAGACGCCAUGUAUGUGAAGUUGAUCUCUUCAGAUGGCCAUGAAUUUAUUGUGAAAAGAGAACACGCCUUGACAUCUGGGACUAUCAAAGCUAUGUUAAGUGGACCAGGUCAAUUUGCUGAGAAUGAAACCAACGAAGUGAACUUCAGGGAGAUUCCAUCUCAUGUCCUGUCCAAGGUCUGCAUGUACUUCACCUACAAGGUCCGUUACACCAACAGCUCCACAGAAAUACCUGAAUUCCCCAUCGCACCGGAGAUCGCACUGGAACUGCUCAUGGCUGCAAACUUUUUGGAUUGCUAAAGUAGAAAAAAUGUAGCAGCUCAAAACAGUUUUAGAUUUUUUUGAAUAUUUAAAUUGUUUUGCCAUUUACUUAUAUGAAACAUGAAUGAGUAUGUCACCAUGUUAAACUUUUCUUUUUUUGCACCUGGCUUUCUGUCAUAGUUUUUAUUAGUAUUAAAGGAUUUCAUUUUAAUGUAAUAAAUGGAUAUGGCAGGCUGCAUCACCUGCCCCAGAAUGUGAUAAAUGUGCCCCCACCCCAUAAAUGUUCCCUCACCUUUCCAGAUUAAUAAAGAACUGUUUGGUGAGCACA